AUGGAAGAGGCUGUGGUGGCAGCCCUGCAGAGGCUCUACCGGGGCGAUGCGAGCGCCUCCGCGGAGCUCGAGGCGUUUCAGAGCUCCGCAGGCGCCCUGGAGGUGUGCGUUCAGCUCUUGCAGAGCACCGUGCCCGAGGUGCAGUUCUUCGGCGCGGCCAGCAUCGCCAAGAUCGUCAACGGUACUCAGGCGCGCAUGCGCGCGUGCGCGAGAGAGAAGCGGGGUACUGGUAGGCCGAAGAAUCGCCUGUUUGCAGGUCAUGAAGGGCGUUGCAUGGUCCUGACAGGUUGA